CAUAAGCGGUUGUCCUCCAAUAACAUAACAACACGCUCAGCCGAAACAAGUAUUGAAAAUGAAAUGAGAAUAUCUGUUUCUUUAGUCUGAUUAUGUUUCAUUUAUAUUCAUUGCUUUAAAUGCCAAAUAUUAUGAGCUGUCAGCAAAAAGAAAAAUUUCUCAAAAUCAGCAUAUAAUCGCUUGAACGAAUUUGCUUCAUGUUUUUUAUAGACUUAAAUUAUUUUGACUUGUUAUAAAAAUUUUAAAAGCUAAUAAUGGUGCCAUCGUUACGUGUUGUUAUUUCUUUAUUAUAUUUAAUCAGAGAAAUUGCUGACGUGAGAGGUGAUGAAUGGCUAAAUAACUUAGAAAUCGAUCGACACUUACAACUUGGUCGAGAGCUGUUAUCUCAGGGUCUUUAUGAUGAUGCUUUAUCUCAUUACCAUGCAGCUGUUGAGGCUGACCCAUAUAACUAUUUAACUUAUUAUACUAGAGCUACAGUAUAUCUUGCUAUUGGAAAAAUUGCCUCAGCAUUGAAAGAUUUAAGUAAAGUUAUUGAAAUCAAGCCGGACUUUGUGGCUGCUCGCUUGCAAAGAGGGAAUGUUUAUUUGAAACAAGGACGACUUGAUGAAGCACAUAUUGAUUAUGAAUAUGUUCUUCGUAUGGAUCCAUCUCAUAUAGAUGCCAAUCAUGGAUAUGCUGUGAUUGAACCACUUAAAAGAGAUGUUCAGUUAGCUUAUGCAUUUGUGGAGGACCACAAUUAUCAUGAAGCCAUAGAUUUGUUGACUCGACUACUUCAGGAAUUACCAUGGGACACUAAACUGAGAGAAAUGAGAUCUGGAUGUUAUGAGUCUAUUGGGGAUUUAAUGAGUGCUAUCAGUGAUUUAAGAGGAAUUUUGAAAUCACAAACCGAGAAUCAGUUACGAUAUUUAAAACUUAGUGAACUUUAUUAUGAAAUUGGAGAAACUGAAGAAUCACUAAAUGCUAUACGAGAAUGUCUGCGAUAUGAUCCUGACCACAAAGGCUGCUUUGCUCAUUAUAAAUAUGUUAAAAAGAUUGCUGCCCAUCUUAAAGCUAUUCAAGAAUUUAUAAAUGAAAAAAAUUAUGAAGAAUGUGUCACACGGGCUGAGAAAGCUAUAGCACUAGAAACUAAAGUUCCCCACAUGAUGUAUGUCUUAAGAUAUAAAUCGUGCCAGUGCCUAAAUAAGGCUGGAAGUCCAACUGAAGCUGUAAAAAUGUGCACAUCAGCAUUAAAAAUUAAACCCGAUGAUGUUGAUGUGCUGUGCGAAAGAGGAGAUGCUUACAUUGCAAACUCUGAAUUUAGCGAGGCUAUAUCUGAUUUUCAAAAAGCAUCGCAGAUUAAUGAUUAUUCUCAAAGAGCUCAUGAUGGUCUGAAAAGAGCACAGAAACUUGAAAAACAGUCCAAAAAGCGUAAUUAUUAUGCCAUUCUGGGUGUUAAGAGAACUGCUGGCAAACGUGAAAUACUGAAAGCAUAUAGAAAAUUGGCUCAAAAAUGGCAUCCCGACAAUUUCCAAGGAGAUGAAAAGAUACCUGCUGAAAAGAAAUUUAUUGAUAUUGCUGCUGCCAAAGAAGUUUUAACAGAUCCUGAAAAGAGACAAAAGUUUGAUAAUGGAGAAGAUCCUCUAGAUCCUGAAAGUCAGCAAGGCUUUAAUCCUUUCCAACAAGGCUUCAAUCCUUUUGAUAGGGGUGUAUAUGACAGUGAUUAUCAAUAUUCUCAUUAUGAUAGUACUGAAGAGGAAUGGUUGUAUGAAGAUACUUAUUAUGUUUUUGUCAUGCAUGAUGAUUGAUGAACGUUUUUUUUUUCCAUCCAUUUUUAAUUCUAGUCUCAUUCUUUUGCUCAAUGUAUAUAAUACAUAAUU